AUGUUCUUUGGCAUAGCGCUGAAGGGUGGGGAGUCUCAGACCAUGGACGAGGUCAACGCCGAUAUGGUCCAUCUCACACAAGCGUGCUUGGUUGACCCCAAGACGGACUCCCGAUGUGAGAUACAGGUGAAGGAGACUGAAGGCGAGUCCUUCACAAUUGCAGUGCUGACCAAGGGCAGCUCGGAUGCUUUGAGCCUCGACCUUACCUUCUCCCCGGCCGAUCCACCGACCUUUGUCAAUAAGGGCAAAGAGGAAGUUCAUCUCACUGGAUGCUAUGAAUUUUAUGAUGUCGAAGGUGAGGAGGACGAAGAGGAGGAAAGUGAGAUCGACGAGGCUGAGAUGAAUGAGACGCUCAAUACUAAGCUCACUGAGAUGAUCAAGGAAAAGGCCAAGGAGCAGGGCAUCGAGGUCGAGGAAAGUGAUGAUGAUGACGAGGAGGAGGAGGAAGAAGAAGAGGAAGACGUGGAGGUAGAGGAAGUUGAGUCUGAGGGCGAGGAGGAGCCAGCCGCCGCUGAGGAAUCCUCUCCCAAGAAGGCCGAAUCUCCCAAGAAGCCUUCUCCCAAGAAGGCCGAAUCUCCCAAGAAGCCUUCUCCCAAGAAGGCCGAAUCUCCCAAGAAGCCUUCUCCUAAGACGACGGAAGUCGCUAAGGAGGAGAAGAAGAGGAAGCUCUCCGUUGACGAGUCCUCCCCCAAAACGAGUAAGCCCGCCAAGGCCGCAAAGAAGGACGGCAAUAAGGUGGAAGACGACUAUGCCAAGAGUAUAGUCGAGUUCCUCACCAAGAACGGUCGCACCAAUGUGGGGCAACUAGGGUCCAAGUGCCGUAAGCCUGCGUCGGUGAGCAAGCUUUCUACCUUCAUCAAGAGUCGACAUGAGUUCAAACUCUCAAAUGGUUUCAUCGAGCUCGCCUAA